GUCAUUACGAACCGCGAUUUUUUAGAUGAGAGAUCAUUUUUAAGGAAGAAUCAUGGGCGGUCAGUGGAAAGUGAUUCUUUCUGCCGUUUUUCUGGUAAUAGCUUAUGGAACCGUUUCGGCUACAAGAGUAAAACGGCAAAAUGAAGAGAUGUCCGAAAUCGAAAAAAUUCUUGAAAAUCCCGAUCAUCCGGAAUAUAUUUAUGCAAGCUGGAAUAACACGGACAAAAAAUUAGCAGAAAGUGUCGAACAGAUGAUGAAAAAACUUAUGCCCAUGGUUAUAAGGAGUAGCUCGAGUGUUGAGUUGUCUGGACCAUGCAUGUCUGCUAUGUUCAAGAUGCUGAUGGGGAUGAGACAAGGGAAACUGUGGCCCUAUCUUAUAUUUGACGCAUGGGGCAAGCCUGGUGGAGGUAUGUUCGAAGGUAACUUGGGACACCUAGGCGACUACGAUGAGUGUGUGGAUCUAGAAAUACCUGAACUGAAAGAUCCGGACGAUCCCAGUAAACAUCAGAGAGGGAAAUAUUGCCUUUCAGAAUUUCAACCCCUGUUGCCCCCGAAACCACAACUCUAUACUCUUUACCAUGUCAUUCCAGAACUAAGAAACAUCAGCGCGAAGCAAACAAGUUUUGGUGCAACAGCAAGGAAUGCCCAUUGGUUCUAUCUUUUAAGGUUCAGGAUGGGAGCAUGUGUUCCUAGUGCCUGCACCAAAGAGGAUGUGCACAAUAUUAUGGCCCAAAUUCCUUCUCAGUUAAACAUAAAGGGCACCACCGAUAUCGUAAAUUGUGAAACAAAGCAAUCUUUUACAGUCACCAAUGGUCAAAUUGCAGUUCUGGCGGUGAUAGGAUUAUUUGCUCUCCUGAUGGUCAUCGGCACCUCUCUGGAUGUGGUCACCAUUCUCAGACAAGGAGAAGAUCCUGAACCUCCUACCAUCACCAAAAAGACCUUUUACAAAGUCCUGGUGAGUUUCUCUGCCUACACCAAUUACAUGAAGCUGAUCAACGUAUCCCAGAAAGAAGAGAACAAGCACCUCUCCGCCGUCAACGGAGUCCGUUACAUAACCGUCACCUGGGUCAUCGUCGGACACUCCUACUUGUACGCUGACUACAAUCAAAUGACCCAAGGGAUGAGACUUGCCAAACUGCCUCCAAAUUUCUGGUUUCAAGCCAUUGCCAACGCUAUGCUUACGGUUGAUACUUUCUUCCUUAUGAGCGGCAUGCUGGUCACGUACGGAGUUCUCAAAGCGCAAGAGAAGAGGAAAGGUCUGAACGUUUUCAUGUACAUAUUUCAUCGAUACUGGAGGUUGACGCCACCUUACGCCAUGACUAUUGCUUUCUUGAUCAUCGCCCCCAUCUUGGGGUCUGGCCCCGUGUGGAAAAUAACCUUGGACCCCUUGAUCAAAAACUGCCAAGCCAACUGGUGGACCAACCUGCUCUACGUUAACAAUUAUGUGAACACUUAUGAUUUCUGUCUGGAGCAUACAUGGUACCUUGGUGUCGACAUGCAGUUGCACAUAUUGGGUCUAUGUGUUUUGCUACCUCUCAUCAAAUGGCCAAAACUUGGUGCAUUUGUUGGCGUCGUCUUAACAAUCGGCUUUGCCGCCGUCGCUGCCAUCAUCAACCUCAUCAAUGAUUUUCCACCCAGUCUGCUUGGUCUCUUUCCUGACCCAGAUGACCGAACUUUCCUCGAAGUUCCAACUUAUUUCAAACCUUACGGGCACGCUGGACCUUAUUUCGUCGGCAUGUUGCUGGGAUACAUUCUCGUCAAAUACCCGAAAAUCGUCGUCCCUAGGGUUUGGAGGGUCAUCGGGUGGUUGUUCUUCUCUACCACACAAUGCGCAGUUCUGUACGGAGUGUACAACUGGAACAAUGGAUAUCCCUGGACACCCACCAUCGCUGCUGUGUACGCCGGCGUCUCGAAACUGGUCUGGUCAGCUGGAAUUUUCUGGAUGCUUUUUGUGUGCCUGACAGGAAAUGGAGGCAUCAUCAAUCGCAUCCUCUCGUGGAAGUUCUGGACUCCGAUGGCUCGUCUCUCUUACGUCUUCUACCUCCUCCAUCCUUUGGUCAUCUGGGUGCACGAAGCCUUCGCACACAGCAACACUUACACUAGUCAUUACUUCUGGGUCUAUAACAUCUUGGGUCACUACAUGGUAACCAUGGUGCUUUCCCUCAUCGUCAGCUUGACCUUCGAAGCACCCUUCCUCGCCCUCGAAAAGAUUCUUUUCGGAGGGGGUGGCAGGGACAGAGGAGAUUCCACUCCACCUCUGAAGAAAGUGCCCGAGUUGCCCAAUUACGACUCUGAGAUGAGGCCCAGAAACUACACUCACAACAAGUAUCCGGAGGGUCAGACCAAUGGCAGCUACAGAAAUGGAGGAGACGGUCUGUACAGACCACGAGAAAAUGGUCAUCAUAAGAAUGGACAGGAGAAUGGAGCUUUUUGUCGCCUGUGAAGAAAAGAAUGACAUGCAUUGAUACCCAUCAGUAGUUGUACAAUCGUCAAAGAAGCAAUAACAUAUAUACUACAAAUAUUUUACAAAUAAUUCAUUGCAGGGAAGUAAGUUUGUUCCAAACAUGAAUGGAACAACUCUAAAAGGAGAUAAUAUAAGGAAGUAUAAAUAUCUUUAAAGUCCUCUGUUCAAAUUGCCAAAUUCACAUAAUAUUUAGGCAUCCUUAUUUGCUGAAAUAAAAAAAAAAGUUACAAGUUUGAAAUUUUGACAGAAAAACAUUUUCACAAACAUUGGCUUUUAUUGUAAUAUUGGCCAGCGUUUUCAGAAAUUUCGUGUUAUUCUGGUAAUCAUUUGGUGGCUUAAGAGAAACUUUCGGAAUAAUUUUGCAAUCUCUUGAUCAAAUUCUAUUAUAUUAAAUCAACAGAUCACUUUUGUUUUUAUUAGAUAUGCCCACCUUAGACUUAUCUUAAUAUCCAUGUUUAUUCCAUUUUGGAAAUAGAAUUCCAACAUUUCUUUCAGUUUUGCUUUCUGAUUUCCUUUGACUCGAUAUAUAUUAUGUUUUUCUCAUGGUACACAUCUGGAUCUUUUCAUUCAUCUGUUAAGUUCACGUCUUGCAAUCGAAUGAAAAGUAAGAUAUUUUUAACUCUAAACAUUUCACUGUGUGAUGUAAAUGUGCAGAGAUUUCAACCACAGAUUAUAUACGGCAAGAAGCAUUUGCAAUCGAAAUAUUCAAUUUCUCAGAGUAAACUAAUAGCUAAGAAUUAUAACGCACUUUGCUUUUGACAAAAUUUUAUCUGUGUUACUAAGAUAAUUCUGGAACUAAGUAUUUCAAAUUUAUAAAAUUACAUUUUAACUUUUGAAGUGCUGCAUUCAUUAGUAAAAACAGUGCAACGCAUGCGCAGUUUUAAGAUGAACGUAUGGCUAAUAAAGAUUAUUUGAAAAAGCACAAUUUUCUUUCAAAAUAAUAAAAAAACCCGUAAAUAAAGCAGAUAUGUUGCAAAUUAAGUGGAUAGAGGUUUUAAAUAAAGGCCAAAAAUAUAUUUUUCUCAAUACACAUUUCAUAUUUUGUGUUGAAAAAGAUGUCUAAUUUUAAAACUGAAACCACCUAUAUUUUUGAUAAAUGAAUAUAAAUAUAUUUUUUACAAAAUUUUAUUAAAAUUUAAUUGAUGACAUUUUAUAAUUUUUCCCAUGCAGAAUUAAAAUCAUGGGAAUAUAUUAAAAAAUUAAUUCUCUUACUGAUAUUAAUGUGUUAAAAGCAAACGAAAACUAGUUUUCACUGUGGUAUUUCACAUACAUGGUUCAGCUCAAUUUAAACAUCAUAGUGACGACGACAGUUUAAAUAUGAUUGGUGUUAAUAUCUAAAAUACAAAUUCUACUUAAAGUUUGAAUUUUACAAAAUAUUGAAGGGAAGCAAAUUUUAAAUGGCUAUUUGCAAUGUAUUUCUAAAACGUAAAUUUUUUUUAAAAAAAUUGUUGAAUAUGAUUUCAUGAUCGUAAGUUGCACGUUGCAAUCAUAUUUGAACUUAUUCAUUUAUUUCAAACCCAUUUAUAGAACUGAUCAUUUUUGAUACAUUUUGUAUCAAAAACAAAUAUUUAAUUUUAUAACAAAUUUGUAGAAUUCAAUACCCAAUAAGAUGCAAGAUUCAAUAAGAUAUAUAUGAUCCAAUAAGAUCUGACUGUAUGGAAUUCAAUAUCUAAUAGAUCUAAUAGAUGAUACACAAUUUAUCGAAAAUCAAAAAUAAACUUGGUCACGAAAUUUGAAUAUUGAAGUGAGAAUAAUUGUUUUUGUGGCUUAGAGCUAAAAUAAAUUACAUUUUCAAAUGAUCAAAUGCUUCCUAGGGUCUUACAGAUGUCAAAAAUACGAUUACGGGUUGAAUAUGGGUUCAUUCUUGGGAAUUAUUUCAUAAUAUCAAAUACAGUACUUAUUUUUUUAGUGUUUGUAUAUAGUACUAAAAAUUGUCUGAUAUAUAUACAUUUUUUUUCAAUAUUUUUCAUGUGUAUCAUUUUGUGAUUAUUAUUUUAUAAUAUAAUAAUCUUUGUAUAUUUAAUAAACAUUUCUUUUACACAUAAUUCCUUGUUUCCAUUAUUGUUCAUCCUUAUUCUUGUCAUAUUUCAUGUUGGGUUAUACAAAACGUGAAAAAAUUCUCAUAUUGGAAGAAGGUGUUCUGUAAAUAUCAUAAUCUAAAUCUGUUAAUAGACAUUUAGCAGACGAUUCCUUUUCAGACAUUUUAUGACUGCUACCAUUUUUAUUUCUGUUAAAAUAUCAUUAAAAAGUAAAAGCAAAC